GAUCUUGUGUGCUGGAACCAAUCUUGGUAGUGUGGCCAUGUGGAAAUUUGAGGAGCAUAAACCUGGUGAAGAUGAAUAUUCAAGUGACCCUGAGAAAGAUUGGAAGUUACAGAAUCCUUCAGUCAUCUCAGGAGCAGUAAAACAGGUUUCCUGGGGGUCUACUCAGAACUUGUUAGCCGUUAACACUGUUCGUGAUGUGUACAUUUUAAAUGAGCAGCGUAUGGUGGCUAGCUACAAAGAUCAGGUGUCGGUGGUUCAGGUGUCUCCAACUCAGCUAUCAGUGGAUGUAUUUUCUGGGGGAAGUCACUUGGAGUUACGUGCCGAAAUUCAAGUACGAGGUGUCCAUAACUCUGUUGACCAUCUUCUGCUGUGGAACAAGAAGAAGAUGGUUGUUUAUGAAAUAACAUCUGAUGCUACUCACCUCAGAGUUGUAGCAUCAUUCCCAUGCGAGGCUGAAAGUGGAGUCUUACAUGAAGGUAGCAUUUAUUCAAUUGAAGGUCAAAGUAUUCAAGUACACUCUCUUCAGGGUACAGUAAAGCAAACCCUGAACUUCACAGAGAGUGAAGGUGAACCAAUUGGUCUUGAUGUAUGUGGAAAUUUUUUAGUGACUGCCACUCUUCAAGGAAUUGUCAAGUUAUGGGAUCUCUCUAGAAGGGAAGCCAAACCACACACACAAGGGAAGCAGAUGAGUGAAGCUAUCAAAGACUUUGGAGAGAUAAUCUCUGCUCGCUGUAACUGCAAUGGCACUAGAGUCUCCAUUUCUAUUGCGCAGACAUCUCUGUUGCCCGAUCCUAAGUUGUAUAUCUGGGAUAUAGAAAAUGAUAAUGUUACAUAUUUUAAUUUUGCUUCGGGUCGCUCAGAAGAUGAUGAUGUAGAUGGUACUGCUCCACCAAACUCAGCUGACAGUACCAGUUCCAAGGAUGGUGGACUCCAUGACAGAGCUAAACGUGAAACAGCACGGGAAGUAGGGGGUCGCUUUGUAAUGUCUCACAUGUGGGAUUUGGAGGAUCCUCGUCUUCUUGUGUGUGAAGCCAAGAGUCUUCUUAGUUCCAAGACACAGAGGGAUCAUUACCUAGCAUCAACUGCCAAGGAUGACAGGCCAGCAGUUAUGUUGGUGUCUCUGUUUGUGAGUCCCGAUCAUGGAACCAUCGUGCAAGAUGCUUUCCCACUCACUCCUACGUAUUCACGUCUCUUGGGAGUACAAGUACCUUUCUUCUAUCUUCUCAAUGCUCAUGAUGCUGAAAAGAAGUUAUACUAUGGUUAUGUAAUCUUUAGGCACAAUAUGAUGAUGUGUAAGACUGAAGUAGGCAGUAAAGUAUUUGAAGAGAUCAAGGAAUACACUGUAAAUAUUUUGGGUUACCAUAAUGGAGCAGGUGGACCUGUGGCAUGGGGCAUGGAGGAGCAGGAGGGAUGGGAAUGGAGGCAGCACAUGGUUGAGAGGGUGCCAGGCGGUCCUUUGUCUUCUCACCCACUGCGCCACGAGGAAGAGGAGGUGCCACCCACCUCCUCUUCCUCCAUCCCAGCAUAUUCACCUUCAUGA